AAUUAAAAUAUAAAUAUAAAAAAUUUGCAAAAUAAACCCUAAUCGUGUUUCAUCGUCGUCUCCGGCUUCAUCGCCGUCGUCUUCCUCGUUGCCUCCGCCUUCUUCGCCGUCGUGUUUGGCUUCCCCGAUCGACAGCGCCGCUGUCUUGGUCUGCUUAUUCACCUGUGUCUUCUUUCGUUUUUGUCUUCCUUUUCCCUUUGCUUUUCUCGACCGUAGUUGUCUUCCUCUUCCCUCACUUUUUCUGUCGCCUGCGUCUUCGUCAUCCCGUUCCUCGCCGACGCUGUUCUGUUUCUUCCCAUUGGAUCGGAUUGACUUACUUGCCGGAGCUCAAAAUAUUUCUUCAAUCGAAACGUCAGAAGAGAAGAUGAAGAAAAAUAGUAGCAGCGCCAAUUUUCCCGAUAGGGUUGGUCCCCCAAUCCUGCCGCCCGACCCUAAUCUACCGCGCUUCCUCUGCCAGAAUUGUCACCAAACCGUCUCUGUUGCCGGAUUUGAUUCUCACGCUGAUAAAUUUCUCGCCUCAGGUCAAGGGAUGCAAGGUUCUUCAAUCAUUGGAACUGGUAGCGUCGUAGGAUCAACACGGAUGGACCAUUCAUUCGUUGUACUACCUAAACAAAGGAACAAUACUCCGGGAGCUUCUCCACGACCUCGAGGUGGUGUAGCUAUGCAAUCCGAGACUUCUCAAACUGGAAAGGCAAUAGACGAGUCUUUUGUUGUAUUACCUCCACCAGCUGCUUCGGUAUACAAAAGUGAACCUGGAGCUGCUGCCAGUGGCAGCAAUCAUCCGUCACCGGAAAGCGAGCCUAGCAAAGUUCCCACUCAGCCACACAACUCAGGCUUUCACUCUGCUAUAACAGUCCUAAGUCGUGCGUUCAAUAUUGCUACCACUCAAACUGAGGUGGAGCAUCCUUUGUGUCUUGAGUGCAUGCGAGUUUUGUCGGAUAAACUUGAUAAGGAGGUUGAAGAUGUGAAUAGGGACAUAGAAGCGUAUGAAGCUUGUCUUAAACGCUUAGAAGGGGAAACAAAAGUUGUACUAAGUGAAGCAGAGUUUCUUAAGGAAAAAUUGAAGAUAGAAGAAGAAGAACGGAAACUUGAAGCAUCAAUUGCAGAAACAGAGAAACAAUUUGCAGAAGUUACUGCUGAAAUGAAGGAGCUGGAGUUAAAAUCUAGUCGAUUUAAAGAGUUAGAAGAACGUUACUGGCAGGAGUUCAAUAAUUUCCAGUUUCAGUUGAGCUCGCAUCAGGAAGAGCGGGAUGCAAUUCUAGCCAAAGUUGAAGUCUCACAAGCUCAUUUAGAGUUGUUGAAGCGAACUAAUGUGCUGAAUGAUGCUUUUCCUAUUUGGUACGAUGGAGAGUUUGGAACUAUCAAUAGCUUUCGUCUUGGAAGACUGCCUAAAGUUCAGGUUGAGUGGGAUGAAAUAAAUGCAGCCUGGGGGCAGGCUUGCCUUCUCCUCCAUACAAUGGCUCAAUACUUCCGGCCGAAGUUCCUAUAUCGAAUUAAAAUUCUUCCCAUGGGGAGCUACCCUCGAAUAAUGGAUGGCAACAACAAUACCUAUGAACUCUUCGGCCCUGUCAAUGUAUUUUGGAGCACUCGUUACGAUAAAGCUAUGACAUUAUUCUUGACCUGCCUCAAGGAGUUUGCAGAGUUUGCAAACUCGAAGGACAAAGAAAACAACAUUCCUCCCGAGAAAUGCUUCAAACUUCCAUACAAGAUAGAGAAUGACAAAGUAGAAAGUUACUCGAUCACACAGAGCUUCAAUAAACCGGAGAAUUGGACGAAAGCUCUAAAGUACACUCUGUGUAAUCUGAAAUGGGCACUCUACUGGUUCGUCGGGAACACAAACUUCCAGCCUCUCACUGCCACUGCUGCCGCCUCUUCCCAUUCCGAAGCCCCCGGCUCAGCCUUGCUCUAUAACGGCAAACGCCCGACUGAUCCUAAGGUACUACGGUCUUGAAUUGUUUAAUUUUAAUUAUAUAUAUUUGAAUUUCUGGUAGGAUACAAAAGGUGUUUAUAUAUAAGUUGUGUGGGAUUAGGCAUCUAAUUCAAGGGAAUGUUUUAUGUAAUAAAAAUUGGAGAGUUAAUGAAGAAAGACUUGUGUUGUCGUCAA